UCUUUUCAAAAAGUUUUUCUCCUGAACUCUGUCCGAGGCUAAGACCCUCCCCCUCGGUGUCGCAAUUCUGCCCCUUCCCACACACCAAAGCCCGCGCCGCGUCAGGAAGGCGGGGACUCGGGUGGCGGCAGCGGGGAUCUGGCUCCCGCGCUUGCACUCCCGCAGCCGGCGUGGUGGGUGUGCCUGCAGCGAGUGCGCCCCGGCUCAGGCCCAGCCCGCCGGCCAGAGGGCGACCGGAGGGUGAGCGCGCCCGGGACGGCAGGGUGCGGCGGCGCGCGGUGCGUGCCAGGACGCGGACGGUGCAGAGGAGGGAGGAUCGUGCCACAGAAGAUCGUGCAGCCGCAGCUACUGCACCCCGAAGCCGGGUGGGCGCCCGCACGGCAGUCGCUUCCAACCACAACCUGGUGGCUCGCCAAGAACUCUCCACAGAUUGUACAGACUCAGGGGACAAGAGGUGCCUGGGCGACUGAGCGCUGUUUGCAUAUGAUGGAGAAGGCAGAUGCCAAGGACCAGUCUUCUCAGGGGGAGGAAGAGAAAGACCCUCCAAAGAGCCACCCUUACUCUGUAGAGACCCCUUAUGGCUUUCAUUUGGACUUGGACUUCCUCAAAUAUGUGGAUGACAUUGAGAAGGGACACACCAUCAAAAGGAUUCCUAUCCACAGAAGAGCCAAGCAGGCUAAGUUUAGUACCUUGCCCCGAAACUUCAGCCUUCCUGACAGUGGUGCUCGCACCCAUGCUGCUCCUCCCCAGCGAAACUGGUCUCCCGUGGUGCCCAGAAAGAUAUCCCUGGGGACCCAGGAGCAAUCCCCGUCACUGCCGCUGGGUGAUGUCCCCCAGGCCUCAGGGCAUGGCAGUGAGUUGAGCUAUCACAGGAAGGGCCUGUUGGCAGAGGAUACCAGGCAGGUGGAGGCUGGUGCUCUGGAAGACGGAGGGAGUGGACGGCCCCAGCUUUUAAGAGCAUCCAGCAUGCCUGCUACACUGUUGCAAAAUCGGGCCCCGGAUGAGUCCAGCCUGACCUCAGGUCCUUCCACGCUUCUUCCCCUCCCUCUGCUCCAGAGUGACAGCAGUGUCUGUGACAGGACCUUUGACUCUGCAGAAGGGUUCACAGGUUUCCAAGCAUCAACCCAGUCAACAGACAGAGGGGUGGGAGAGCUGGGACCAGCAAUUCCAGAGCUGGUCUGGGAGGGGGCUGAGCCUGAAGAAGGGGACAUAAAGACUUCAAGUCACCUCUCUCAGUCAGGUCCUCCCUCCUCAGUCCAGAAUGUACCCAUUGUUCUAGAGGGUGUGGAAAUUCAGCACCAAGUCAGGAAUGCAGAGGUGGUGUUAACUUCUGGCUCCUCCACACCCAGCCCACCCCCUCUGCCUUCCCCCAUCCCUGAGAAUGAGCUCUUCCUGGAGGAAAUUGAGCUCAAUAUCAGUGAGAUCCCACCUCCUCCUCCCAUAGAGGUAGAUGUGAGGAGUAUUGGAAUCCGGGUAACAGAGGAAAGCCUGGGCCUGGUGGGGUCAGAUACCGGUAGUAUCUCCAGCCUGAAGAAUCAAGUCUCGACCCUUGAGGACAAGUUGUCGGGGAGAACAGAGGAGCUUACCCAGGUCAGAGCUGCCCUCGCAUGGCAGCAAGAGGAGACCAAGGCUAGGGAACAGAGGAUCCAAGAGCUGGAGUGCACUGUAGUCCAAUUAGAAGAGAAACUUAGUCAAGAGAAGGUCAGUGGUGCUCCAGACCGGACUGAUGCCACGGUGAACACUGACCCUCUUCUUGAGCUCAUCCCCAGAGAAUCAUGUGAUAAGAACAUCGGGGUCAACCUGCUGAGAACCCCGGAUCCUGAAUGCUGGGCAUCUAGAGCAGAGAAGAAUGGCUUCCCCCGGGUCCACAAUAGUCACAAACAAGGCCAUCAGAGCCCUGAAGAGCCUGUGCUGCCGCCCCAGCUGUCGCUGUCAAGGGGACCUGAGCAGGUCCUUGCCUCGUCCUUAUGCAGCUGCCUCUCCAUGGAACUCAGGAUCGAAGAAGAUGUCUCUGAGCAGGAGAGAGGCCCACAGGCGGGGGCCGAGGACUUGAGCAGGGCGACAGGAGCCUCUUCCUGGAGCAGCCCCAGAGAGUCUGCCUCAGUGAUCAGGGAGGAGGCCAGCUCAGAGCUCCCAGGGGCAGAGCGUCCAGGAAGGCCGGCAAGUUCCCCACAAGAUGCCACAAUCGGGCAGUAUGUUAAGAAGAUCCAAGAGCUACUGCAUGAGCAGUGGAACUGCCUGGAGCAUGGGUACCCGGAGCUGGCCAGCGCCAUCAAACAGCCUGCCUCCAAGCUCAGCAGCAUCCAGAACCAGCUGCUCAGUUCCCUCAACCUGUUGCUCUCUGCCUACUCAGCCCAGGCCCCAGAGCCGAAGGAACCACCUGCCCCACCCUCCUCCACCCCUCCACCACCACCGGAGAUCUCUCCGUCGACCAGCCUUAAAUCCAUAAUGAAAAAGAAAGACUAUGGCUUCCGUGCAGGAGGUAAUGGGACCAAAAAGAACCUUCAGUUUGUUGGGGUUAACGGUGGCUAUGAGACCACUUCCAGUGAGGACACCAGCGGGGAGGACAGCUCCCCUGAGGACGUGUCUGACGGCGAGACUGAGAAGAAACGUGAUUGCUCAGAGCCCAGACAGGGCAGAGGCAUGCAUCCCGCCUGUGAGGCUGGGCAGGAUGUCCCCGAAGGCAUCAGCAGUAACUCGGGCCAGACGAGUGGGUCUGGGGAGGAAGUCUCUCAUCUGAAGCCUGAGAGGUGUAAACCGUCAGAGGAAUUUCUAAACGCAUGCCAGGCGCUGAGUCAACACCUGCCAGAAACCGGGGCCAUCACCGAGCAGCUCCUGCGGCAAAGCUUGAGCACCAUCAGUCAGGAGUGGUUCCGCGUGUCCAGCCGGAAGUUAGCUAGCCCUGCAGUGGUGGCCGCCUACCUCCUCGAGGUCCAGCCUCAUCCCCAUCUGCUGAAGCUGCUCGUCAACCUGGCUGACCGAAGUGGGAACACAGCCCUCCACUACAGCGUGUCGCACUCCAACUUCGCCAUCGUGAAGCUACUGCUGGACACAGGUGUCUGCAACGUGGAUCAUCAGAACAAAGCUGGCUACACUGCUGUGAUGAUCACUCCCUUGGCUUCUGCAGAGACAAAAGAGGACAUGGCUGUUGUCUGGAAGCUCUUGCGAGAGGGGAAUGUAAACAUCCAAGCAACUCAGGGAGGCCAGACUGCACUGAUGCUAGGAGUUAGCCACGAUCGGGAGGACAUGGUCCAAGCACUGCUGAGCUGCCAGGCAGAUGUCAACCUGCAGGACCAUGACGGAUCUUCUGCCCUCAUGCUGGCCUGUCACCAAGGCAACGCCGACUUGGUGCGACUGCUCCUGGCACACCCAGCCUGCAACAGCAGCCUGACUGACAAGGCUGGCCGAACAGCUUUGUCCAUUGUUCUGAACUCACCUGCCCGUGUGGAAAUCGCAGAGCUUCUGCAGGCCCACUCGGAGCAGGGCAGGCCCCUGGGGCUGUAGGAGCUGCAGAAGCACUAACAGCCAGGAAACAAAGGCUCCUUUUCUGAACUCCGCCCUUGGCCUCAGAGAGGGCCGGGGUCACAGGCAGAGGACCACCAUUCAAAAGAAGCUAUGUCAAAUAUGCACAAUACAUUCCCAUCAUAUGAUUCUGCUCAUUAGGAUGCUUAGUAGUUUUUUGCCUUAGGCCAAGCCUGCCCCCCCCCACCCCAAAGUACACGGGCUCCAGAGCAGGGUGUAAGGUGCAGAGGGCAGGCUGCAGAGGGGUUGUCCCGAAAUUCAAAACAUUUUCAGCCUUGCAUUUCUCAUGACUGCUUCUGCAGUCCUGUGUAGCAAGCAGGUGGGUAAGGGCGCACUGGCGCAGUAGAAAAGCAAUACUUUUCCCAUGGGGUUUUAAAGUGCACUGCCUUUUCGUUUUGAAUCAAGUAUAUAUACAAAUAUAUCCCACUGACUGUGCAUGUCUAGAGGGAAUGGGAGAGGAAUCUAAACUUAGGCACGGUAGGACGAAGCCCAGUGAUGUCAACGGCUGACACGUUUGAGUACUCAAGUGGCUCCAAUUCCCUCUCUGGAAGAAAUCAGGAAAUCCAAUCCAGUGGUUAACACUAGGGCCUGGUGAUAGAGUCCGGCUAUUUCAGCUGUUCCCAACCUUAUGAAAGAAACAAAUGAACUGGCUGGCUUCUUGCUGGGAAUGAGUCUCUGUAGAAGUUGGCAUUGUUCACCCGCUGCCGGCAGCACACGGACUCUAUGAGCAGGUACGGGUCCUGAGAACUUCCGGGCUCCUGGCUGCACAGAAGUCCAGUCUGGGCUGCAGCAGCAGCCAUCCAUGGCAGGACACAGCUCUCUCUGGACUGAACCCUCUCCCAGGGACAGGUCUUUCCUAUGCCUCCAUAUUCCCUGGGGCCUGCACAUAAGACCAUCUUUAUGUAACAGGAAGAAUGCCAACACUGGGGAUCUGAACACUGAAAACUCAAAGGCAAGAAUCCUCGUUUGGUCUUUGCUUGAUACCUCUUGUGUGAGUCACCAGUCAUUUGUAGGUGACAACGCCACCAUCUCCAGAAUGGCGGUGAUCAUACACCCUACCUCUGGGGGUUCUUCAUAAGAAACUGCUUGCAGACAUUUUUGAACCCAGAUGGUAACCCAGAAAGAUCGCCUUCAGAAACCCUGCAGCAAACUUCUUCCCACAGUGUGACUUGUGAGAGAUGUCCAAAGUCCCAUGUGUGGAUACUGCUCAGAGAUGGAGAGGUUGGAGCAAUAGAUGAGUUUAUUUAAAAAAAAAAAAAAGCUUUGAGAGGAUUUAUUUCAGUGUCAAAAUACAGUGUAAAAGCAAACACAUACAUUAAUAAAUGUUAGCCCCAUGCUUUGCAAAGGUUAAUGUAUAUCCAGCCCCCAGGAUCUUAUUAUGAAGUAGGUCUGAAAUGAGGCCUGAGUUUCUGUAUGUCUAACUAGGCCCAGAGGAUGCUGAUGUGGUCAGGCCACAACCAAGCUUUGAGCAGCACAGCUCUGGCCUGUCCUUAUUGUAUAUAAAUUAAAAUGCUGCCUCUUAAUUAACCUCAAAA